UCCGUGGAUCUAUGAGCAGAGCCUGGCUCAUUGCUUCACCUCACUGAGGGGACGACACUCGGCCGAGUCCUUCGCUACUUUCCUGUCCCUUCGCUGUGUCGUCGUUCUACACUGGUUGAAUGACAUGGAGCAGAGAUGCAAGAGACAGCCCGGUGCUAGAAGGCACCAAUGCGAGCAGUUUACAUACGGCACGGACCACACUGGACACAUGAAUCUGCACCAGAAUUUACACAUGGCCAAGAAGCCCUUCAAGUGCACUCUAUGUGAGAAGACAUUUAAACGGUCAUCACACCUUAAAAUUCACCAGAGAACACACACAGGCGAGAAGCCUUUUAAAUGCACUGUGUGUGGAAAGGCAUUUGCUGAUUCAGGAAAUGUUUUGCAACAUCAGAGGACACACUCAAGCGAUAAGCCCUUCAAGUGCACUUUGUGUGAGAAGACAUUUAGACAGUCAUCACAACUUCAAAUUCACCAGAGAACGCACACAGACGUGAAGCCCUUCAGGUGCACUGUGUGUCAGAAGGCAUUUCGACGGUUAUCCCAACUUCAAAGUCACCAGAGAACACACACAGGCGAGAAGCCUUUCAAGUGCACUGUGUGUGGAAAGGCAUUUGCAGAUUCAGGAAAUGUUUCGCAACAUCAGAGAACACACUCAUGUGAUAAGCCCUUCAAGUGCACUUCAUGUGAGAAGGCAUUUAAACGGUCAUCACAUCUUAAAAUUCACCAGAGAACACACACAGGCGAUAAGCCCUUCAAGUGCACUGUGUGUGGUAAAACGUUUACACAGUCAAGAUCUCUGAACGUUCACCAGAGACAACACACAAGCGAGAUGCCCUUUAAGUGCACGGUGUGUGGGAAGACAUUUGCAGGGUCAGACAACCGAAAUAGGCAUGAGAAGAUCCACAAGGAGAUGGAGGUGGAAUCAAAAAGUGAAAGUGCUGUAUUGAGCCCAUUUUGCAUGCAACAAGAAGCAGAAGACAACCCCAGUUUAGCAACGUGGCCAGCAGUGAAGGUGGAUCAUGAAGAAGUGAAGUGGGAAUGUGAAGAAUUGAAGGCGGAAUGUGGAGAGGUGAAGUUGGAAUGUGAAGAUGUUAAGGUGGAAUGUGAAGAAGUGAACGUAAAAUAUGAAGAUGACUCAACUCCAGGACCCGACCUCCAGGUGGAUGGAGGCAGCGUGAAGCAGGAGGAGAAUUUGGACUCUGAGGGAUGUAGAGGUGACCCCCAGGAGUUUGUGGAUGUAGAGGUGUGGGUGCAGUUUUUGGGGGAGCGAUCGUGUAGUGGUUAGCGCGAUGUUCUGCGAGCCCUGCAACUGGAGUUUGACUCCCGUCCAUGGUCAACAUCGGCUAUGAUUAUCUGACUCGGUCCUGGACCUCCUCUAGGUCAACUCAGCCUUAAAUAAGUACCUGUUGCGGAGUGUAAACUUUUCCACCGGGGAGACAAAGGUGGUCAGGUGUGGUGCUGGCCACCCACCUCCUUGUGUACUGUGCCGGCCUUCAUAGGUGCUCGCUUACAGCAUUUGCUUGAAAAGUCUGUUUAGGCUAUGAAGGACAUAUUUUUCUUCGAAGUUUUUGGACAAAGCAGUAUAGGAUGGCCCUGCACGUGUGGAGUUUGGGAAGGUCUUUAACCAGGAGCAGGACACAAAUAAUUCCCAUAGCAGUCACCUUAUUCACAGGUGUUUCCAGUGACAACAAUGCAUGCAGCUGUCGGCGUCAUCCAACCAGUAAUGAUUUUUUUAAUCCUUUAUAUUAAGUUCACUUGCUUGCUUGCUUGCGCGCUUACGACCGUGCAAAUCUUUCGGUCGUUUUUUAACCCACUUCCCGUGAUCCAAUCGAGCUGACAUUUUGCACACAGACUCGUUGUGCGUGACAAUUUAUUUUCGUGAAAAUUUUUUCUCCUAAAUUUUACACUUUUUAGGAAUUUUUUUUCAUAUUUAAUUUAAAAUACCAAUGUGAUACAAAUGAAACUCUUACUCAAGAAAAACAGAAAUGAAUAAUAAAAUAAAACCGAUGCCACGCAUAUAAAGGAUUUAUAGUGAAAAACUUUGUUUUUACGGGUUAAUUUUUUAUUUAAUGUAGGUGCCCUAAAGUCUUUGAAACCAGCUAAGAAGUUUCGUCUUUUGGCAUCUCCAUUCAGCCAUCUUAGAUCCUCAUUCAAAUUCUCUUAAUUAAAAUCACUAAUGUUGAGGUGUGAAUAUAAGUUUACAACAUAAUUGCUAUUAUUAUGUUUCUUUGUUUUAACUGCAAUUGUGUGGAAUGCUUUGAUAUCUGCCAGGCUGAGUCGCCCUUGAAAAACAUUUUCUGCUCAAUGAACCUUUCUUGGGAAAUACACUUCUGGUUCUUAUGAUUUCGUAAAUGUGAUGGCUUAAAACAAAUGUCUAGCAUCAUGAACGGAUGAUUAUGCAUUAACCGAUUGUGAGUCUCUAACAAUGUGCGUGUAUAAGGGUCACGUUUAGAAUAUGGGAUCUUUGGUACAGAUCGAUGGUGUGGUAUGAAUAUGAGCAAUGCCUUCUUGUAUUCAUGUGACUGCGGAUGUUUGUGGGACGCAAAGUAUCAGCUUAGAUGUGUCAUCUGCAUCUCAAACAAAUAAUUGUUUCUCUUUGAAAUAAAUAACCCAA